AUGGCUGCAGAGUUGGAGAUGGAGUCAUUGAUAACUGAGGCUCAUAAUGCACCCGUUACUUCUCAGAGAAGAGUCAGAAACGACUUGGAAACUGUUCUUCAAAAGCCAUACAUGCCCAGAGCAUUGAAAGCUCCUGAUACAAGCCACCCAGUUGGAACACCAGGCCAUAGGCACUACAACUUGACUGUUCUUCAGCAGCAUUGUGCUUUUUUUGACCAAGAUGAUAAUGGAAUUGUUUACCCUUGGGAAACUUACACGGGGCUGCGUGCUGUUGGAUUUAAUGUCAUUGCAUCUGUUAUUAUGGCUGCUGUUGUUCAUAUUGCAAUGAGUUAUCCCACUCAGCCUAGUUGGUUUCCCUCUCUUCUCUUUCCUAUCUACAUACGCAACAUACACAAAGUAAAGCAUGGGAGUGACUCUGGAGUUUAUGACACAGAAGGGCGUUAUGUACCAGCAAAUCUUGAGAACAUCUUUAGCAAGUAUGCUCGUACAGCACAAGACAAGCUCACACUUGGAGAGAUCUGGGACAUGACUGAGGGAAACCGAAAUGCAUUUGACCCAUUUGGCUGGACUGCAGCUAAAUUGGAAUGGGGGAUUCUGUACAUUCUUGCUAGGGAUGAGGAAGGUUUCUUAUCUAAAGAAGCUGUGAGAAGAUGCUAUGAUGGGAGCUUAUUUGAAUACUGUGCUAAAGUGCAGGCUGGUGGUGGUGACCCCAAGAUGGGUUGA